AAGCAUCAGUCCACAGAAAGCGCGGGAACUUUCUUGGAGCAAAAUCAUCUUUUGUUCCGGAUUGUCCUGGAUCUGUGCCAACGCUAGUUCCCCCAUCGCUGCACGAUAAUUUCGUUGAACCUCUAAUUUCGACAUUCAUUCUUGCUUUGGGCAUGGAGUCGACACGACAGCAGCUGGACGAUUCCGGGGCUCCGGAAGGGAACAUCCGCGAUGUCCAAGCGGCACCGAAGGUGACCGUUAAAAUGGCAGGUGGACAGGAGGAAGGUGAAUCCGAACAGGUUGACGAUCUUCCGUUUGGCGAUGAUUGGACGGAACCUUUCGGAGGACCGACAGUCAUGUUCGAGAGCCUCAACAGGCUGGAAUUCAUUGCGGUCGAGUCUCCGUUGCCGCUGAAGGUCUGCCAGCUGCAGUGUUCGGCCCGGAUCUUCUACGCCGGCAUGGAGGUUCUGCUGCACAACUGCGGCAGCCUCAUGCUGCUGGACGACAGCUUCGUAGCCAGAGUUCGGUUGGUUGACAUGGGUUCACUGCAGCAAGCUACCACCUUUUCCGAGGCUGCAAAUGCGCUGUACAGACAACUCAGCAUUACCGAGAUCCUCGUGGACAAUAUGAAAGCGCAGCGGGAUCAGUAUCGUUCCGAGCUGUUGACCACGUUCAACCGCAUCCGGCAGCGAACGAUCUCGGACAACGUUUGCGCCGCCGAUGCUCGGCAGAUCUUCUCCGUCGUUCAAAGCUCGUCGAAUCUGGACUACGUUGAGUUGUGCGAGCAGCUUUGCAGCAAUGCUUCGAUAUCGCGGGGAUUGCGCGACCAAUUAGAAACGCUGCUCCAGAUCGAGAAAGAGGUCGGGCAGAGAAACGCGUUCCUUGCGAAGUUUCACGCCAAGUUCACGAAUUCUACGCAUGAACUAGGCACUGCCCUGCAGGAGUUCCACGAAGCGCUGGUCGCCAGUCGAGUCAAGUCGCUACUGGACAUGGCCCCCCACUUUCUUGGGAGCCAUCUGAAGGAUAUCCCCGAGCGGACCGUGUUCCAGAUCCACGACAAUGACGUCAAGCUGUUUCACGACCUGGACAAGGUUCUGAACAAGAAGAUCUUCGCGAAACUGCUUGGCGACCUCGCUAAACGUUGGACAGCGCAGAUGAAGUCGUUAAAGCAAGGCAAACAGCUCGUGACCGCGAUAAACCCGAUCUACUUGUCGCUGUGCCGCAGUUUGGAGGAGCUGAUCGUGGAAAUCGUCGACAAAACCGACCACAAGCCGGAAGAGUUGCUGCUGAGUGAUGACGGUGGAUGGUUUCCGAUCAAAUCCGCGAUCAUCUGGAAGACUGUGACCGGUUAUACCAAGUGUCUCCAGCACGAGUACAAAUUCAUCUUUCGUCUGCUGAAGCACUACCAUCCGGUAACCGGCAGCAAGAAACCCUUCGAAUACCAGACUCGGCGAUUGCAACAGCAGAACCCACUCGGAAUCGCCGAAGAGUUGUACGUGUGGUUCUGCCUACUCGAUGACGUCCUCCACCACGCCCUGCCGCAAGCCAGCUUGGCCACUUUCGAGCGAAUCCUGCAGGACUUUGUCCAGCUGGUGCGCGACGCAAGUCUCGGGCAGCUGGAGACCAUUCGUGUCAUUAUGCGUAAUACGGCUCGCUUUAUCAUGCAGACGUUCCCGUCAUGGACGCUGUGCAAUCCGACGAGGACAAGGAGCUACUACAGGCUCAAUGGAGUGAGAUUAAUCAGACGGAAUCGGCCUGCAUUUUCCGCGAUCGGGUUGACGUUUUCAGCGGCUACUGGCAGAAUCGAUGGGAGAUGAUUCAGAGAAUUCCAUCGAAGAAUGGCCUUCCGGACGCGGCCACGCGCCGCCGCUGCCGUAAACGUGCGGAUUUCAUCCGGAAGCGGCAGCUUGCGCUGAAACCGAAACCGCCGGCGGAGUUACCUUCGCAGCCGAGCGUGAUCCCAAAACCGCCGAAGGGGCUACCUCCACAGCCGAACGCGAUCCCGAAACCGCCGGCGAGAAACCCUCGACAGCCGAGCGCGAUUCCGAAACCGCCAGCCGGGUUUCCUCCGCAACCGAACGCGAUGCCGAAACCGCCGGCGGGGUUACCACCGCAGCCGAUCCCGAAACCGCCGGCGAAGUACCCUCCGCAACCGAACGCGAUCCCGGACGUGAAACAAAAAGGGAGUACUCAACACGCAAGACGCGAAGCAGAAGCCACGAAGGAAAAAGCCGAGCUCUACAACGCGGCUGAGCUGUUCGACAUAUUUACCGAGUACUGGACCAGGUGGAGGAACUGUAAGACCCGCUCGGAACAAGCAUUCGUCGUUUCUUAUAUGAACUUCAAGUAUGGAAGAUAAUGGUCACCAAUUGUACUCUGUAUUUUGCGAACAUCGGUCCUAACCUGUUGACCUAAUAAGAAAUACAAAGGAGAAGAUUCCUACUGUCCAAAA